GACACUUGUUGAUGUCAUAACCUCACAUUUUAGUGUGAAGUAAUUUCGCUGAAAUAAUGUUUACAAACAAUUCGUAGGUGACUUGUAUACAUUUUUUUUUAUAUGUUUCGUUGUAAACUAUUGGUUCAUUUUGGUCGAAUCGGUUUUAAAUGUGAAAAUUCAGUUGUAAAUGUACGAAAUUAUUGUCCAGCAUCGGGGGCAACGAUGAAAUAUUUAAAUGUUGCAGAGAAAAAUGAUGCGGCCAAAUCAAUUGCUGCACUGCUGUCAAACGGCAAUUCACGCCGCACGGAGGGUUUAUCACCAUACAACAAAUUGUAUUCAUUCCAAAUCAAUUUCAAAGGCCAGCAAACAGACAUGGUAAUGACCUCAGUGUCGGGCCAUUUGCUAACACAUGGUUUCAUCGAUGCUUACAAACAAUGGCAAUCCUGUGAUCCGAUCAGUUUAUUCGAUGCACCAGUCGUGAAAUAUUGCCCAGAUAACUAUAUAAAAAUCAAACAGACGAUAGAACGAGAGGUUCGAGGUUGUGAUGGGCUCAUCAUAUGGACAGAUUGCGAUCGAGAAGGUGAAAACAUUGGGUAUGAAAUCAUUGAUGUUUGCCGUGCAUUGAAGCCAUAUAUCAAAGUGUAUCGUGCACGAUUCUCAGAAAUUACAUCACAAGCUGUCCAUCGUGCAUUAAACAAUGUUUGUGAGCCGGAUCUGCGACAGAGUCAAGCUGUUGACGUACGAUCUGAGCUAGAUUUGAGAAUCGGUGCCGCUUUUACACGAUUUCAAACGCUGAGAUAUCAAAAAGUCUUUCCUGUACAAGUUGAAGGUCUUGUCAGCUACGGUAGUUGUCAGAUUCCUACAUUGGGAUUUGUUGCGCGUCGCUUCAACGACAUCGAACAGUUUAUUCCGAAGAAAUUUUGGAAGUUGAAAUUGACACACACCUUGAAUGACCUAACCGUGGAAUUCAAUUGGGAUCGUCAUCGUUUGUUUGACAAAAACAGCUGUGAAGCAUUUUUAAUGAUUUGCCAAGCGGAACCAACAGCAAAAGUCGUCAAUGUAAUGCAAAAGCCGAAAAAUAAAUGGCGGCCACAAGCCAUGGAUACAAUUGAAUUGGAAAAGCUUGGCUCACGUAAACUCAAGCUGUCCGCAAAAGAAACAAUGACAAUUGCUGAGAAACUAUACAGCAAUGGUAUCAUCAGUUAUCCAAGAACAGAAACAAACAUGUAUUCAUCGGAAAUUGAUUUGAAAAAACUGGUGAACAACCACUUGAACCAUCCAGAUUGGGGACAAUUCGCACAACGAGUGAUGGAUUGGGGUCCACAUCCGCGAAAUGGCAACAAAUCAGAUCAGGCGCAUCCACCGAUUCAUCCAUUGAAAUUGACAACGGAUUUGCAAGGAAACGAAAAGCGCGUUUAUGAAUUGAUUUGCCGUCAUUUUUUAGCCUGUGUUAGCAAAGAUGCAACCGGUUCGGAAACCACUGUAAAUGUCGUCGUUGCUGAUGAACAAUUCACAGCGACUGGUUUGUGCAUUUAUGAGAGAAACUAUCUCGAUGUGUACAUUUAUGAGAAAUGGAAUUCGAAAGAGAUUCACAACUACCAAAUCGGAAACACAUUUCAACCAACCGAAUUGUCAAUGCCCGAAGGUUCAACUUCGCCGCCAUCUCUACUCACCGAAGCUGAUCUGAUUGCAUUGAUGGAUAAAAAUGGAAUUGGCACGGAUGCUACACACGCUGAACAUAUCAACACGAUCAAGACACGAGGUUACAUUGGUGAAAUCGAAAAUGGAUACUUAGUGCCAGGAACACUUGGAAUGGGUCUGGUUGAAGGUUAUGAUUCAGUGAAUUUGCCACUAGCAUAUCCAGAAUUACGUGCAGAGCUUGAACGUGAUUUAAAGUUGAUUUGCACCGGUAAUCGCAACCCAACAGAAGUGCUAAGAGAGCAAAUCGAAAAGUACAAAGAAGUGUACAGAGUCAUAACAGCCCGUAUUGAAGCGAUAGAUGCUUCACUAGCUUCAAGAUUACAAGCAGUGCCUGAAGCGCCGCCAGCGCCAAGUGCAUCGCUGCCAACACUUGAGCCAAUUUUCAAGUGUCCGAAAUGCAACAAAUAUCACAUGUGUUUGCGACAAAAGAGAGACAACAAUGGAUUUUUCUUAACCUGCCUGGGAAAGCCAGAGUGUACACACGUUAUUUGGCUUGCAGAUAUUAUCAAAGAAAUCAAAGUCCAUGAAAAUCAAUGCAACAAGUGCCGAAAUGGUAACAAAAAUGUCGUAAUCAAAUUUAAAACCAACAAUAUGCUGGCAAUGCUCAAUGCAUCACUGAUCAACGAUGACGAUCGAACGUAUGAGAGCUGCAUUUUAUGCGACCACAGCUUACGCGUCAUAUUGGACAUAAAUGCAAUGAGUCUACGCGGAGAUUCACCAUCAAAUCGAAGUCAGACCGUAAACAGAGCGAUACCAACACAGAAUGCACCACGUGCCAAUCCAGGUGGUAGCCAACGGCCACAAAAUGAUAGACCACCAUAUAAUCGUCCACCGAACCCAAAUUCGAAUCAGUCAUUCAGAAACGCUGGAAAUACGGGCAACUCUGGAAAUGUCAAAUGUUCGGGAUGUAAUCAACCGGCAACAAAGUUGACUGUGAAAAAAGAUGGACCAAACAAAGGAAGAGAGUUUUACAAAUGUCCAAAGCAACCACCUUGCAAUUUCUUCGAGUGGGCGGAUGCAUCGGCGCAAAAUACUUCAUACGGUGGUGGACCACCACCACCACGACCAGGAGGUGGUGCUUCAACAUCUGGAAGCAAUUAUCAAAAUCCAUCACGCAACUAUCGAAACGAUGCCAACGAUAAUGCCCAACCUCGGAAACGUCGAUGUGGGAACUGUAAGCAGGAGGGACACAUACGAACUAAGUGCCCAAGGCUAAAUUUAUAAUAAUUUCAACAGAAAUCGAAAUUGAAUCGAUUCCAAUCAACAUCAAUCAAUACUCUUCAAAACAAACAGUCAUUUUUUCUCUCUUCAUAAUAUUGUAUACUGUAAAUAUUCGCAAAUAUUGAAAGAAUCGUUCAAAGUGAACUCCAAUACAAUUUAAUUGAUUGUCAAGUAUUAUUUUUUCGAUAAUAAAAUACUAGAUAAAA